UUUACCGACAGCUAAAGUCUUCUGGAAGGGGUCCUUUUCCACGAGACUGAAGACGCUUAAUAGCAAACAAACAUGCCGACAGUCGGAGUUAAAAAGGAUCUUCUCUUCAAAGCGUUGGGUAGAACUUACACUGAUGAAGAGUUUGACGAGCUGUGUUUUGAAUUCGGACUGGAGCUGGAUGAAAUUACCUCAGAGAAAGAGAUAAUAAGUCGCGAACAGGGCGACGUGAAGGCAGCAGGAGCAUCUGAUGUCAUCAUUUACAAGAUCGACGUACCGGCAAAUCGCUAUGACCUUCUUUGUUUAGAAGGUUUGGUUCGCGGGCUUCAGGUCUUCAAGAAUAAGUUGGAGGCACCUCGGUACAGGCGUGUAAGCCCCAGCAGCGGCGAACCUCAGAAACUCAUUAUCACCAAGGAGACAGCUGCUGUGCGCCCCUUUGCUGUGGCAGCAGUUUUGAGGAACAUCACAUUCUCACAGGAGCGCUAUGAUAGCUUCAUUGAGCUGCAGGAGAAACUCCAUCAGAACAUUUGCAGGAAAAGGUCCCUGGUGGCAAUUGGGACUCAUGACCUGGAUACUAUCUCAGGUCCUUUUACUUACACAGCCAAGCCACCUGCAGACAUUGGUUUCAAACCACUGAACCAGACCAAAGAAUACACUGCCACCCAACUCAUGAGCCUCUACAAGACCGACAGCCGCCUGCGACAUUAUCUUCAUAUCAUUGAAGACAAGCCUGUGUAUCCCGUUAUUUAUGACAGCAAUGGCAUUGUCUUAUCUAUGCCUCCUAUUAUCAAUGGAGAUCACUCAAAAAUCACUCUCAACACCAAGAAUGUCUUCAUUGAGUGCACGGCCACAGAUCUGACCAAGGCAAAGAUUGUGUUGGACAUGAUGGUGACAAUGUUCUGCGAGUAUUGUUCACAGCCUUUCACUGUAGAAGAGGCUGAAGUGGUGAAUCCUGACGGCACGACUUGCAAAUAUCCAGAACUGGCCUAUAGAAAGGAGAAAGUGACCAGCGAGUUUAUCAAUCGCAAAGUUGGCAUCAACGAGUCGACUGAGAAGAUCGCCCAGCUGCUGACUCGCAUGUGCCUACGCUCUCAGGCUACAGGUAUUGGUGAUGAAAUAGAGGUUGAGAUCCCGCCCACCCGCUCGGAUGUCAUCCAUGCCUGUGACAUCAUGGAGGAUGCAGCCAUGGCCUUUGGUUUCAACAACAUUACCCGCACCACGCCACGCACCUACACCAUAGCCAACCAGUUUCCACUGAAUAAACUGACAGAGCUGCUAAGACAGGACCUUGCAGCGGCCGGAUUCACAGAGGCCCUCAACUUUGCCCUGUGCUCUCAAGAAGAUAUAGCAGACAGGCUUGGAAAGAAGAUCUCUGAAACCAAGGCAAUUCACAUUUCCAACCCAAAGACUGCCGAGUUCCAGGUGGCGCGCACCACUCUGCUGCCAGGUUUGUUGAAGACAAUUGCAGCCAACAGGAAAAUGCCUCUUCCUCUCAAGCUGUUUGAGAUAUCUGAUGUAGUGCUGAAAGAUGACACUAAAGAUGUCGGGGCGAGGAACAGCCGGCGUUUCUGUGCUGUUAACUACAACAAGAGUCCAGGCUUUGAGGUGAUCCACGGCCUGCUCGACCGAACCAUGCAACUACUGGGGGUGAGGCCAAGCCGGGAAAAUGGCUACCACAUCCAGGCUGCUGAAGAUUCCACUUUUUUCCCCGGGCGCUGCGCAGAGAUCUUUGUCCACGGGAAGAGCAUAGGACAUCUCGGGGUCCUCCACCCACAUGUCGUCAACAGUUUUGAGCUGACGCUUCCCUGCUCCGCCCUAGAGAUGGACAUCGAGCCUUUCCUUGGCCAGACGGCUGAAACGCACCUCUCACACGAGGUUCCCAUGCAGGAAGUCAUCCAGCACAAGUUCCCCACUCAAGUCAAAUCCCAACAGGCUACAGCCUCCACAAAAACUGUGUUUGGAGACUUGACAACGCUUGUGGCUCUCAAAGCUUUAAAUGAUUUCCUGGCGGACAAAAGUUACGUCGAAGGCUUUGUCGCAUCUCAGGCUGACGCUGCCAUCUUUGAUGCCAUUUCCUCUCCUCCGUCACUAACUUUGUGCCACCUCCUGCGCUGGUACAACCACAUCAAGUCCUUCCACAAGGAAAGAGCAAACCUUCCUGUCGUUAACAAGCAAUUUGUGCUCCCAGAUACUCCUCCCACCUCCUCCAACAGCGAUGAAGACAUAGAUCUUUUUGGCUCGGACGACGAGGCUGACAGAGCAGAGGCCAACAGAAUCAAGGAACAGCGACUUGCCGAGUACGCUGCCAAGAAGUCCAAGAAGCCAGCUGUCAUUGCCAAGUCCUCCAUCGUUCUUGACGUCAAGCCCUGGGACGACGAGACCGACAUGGCCAAGAUGGAGGAGUAUGUCCGCUGCGUCAGCAUGGACGGUCUGUUGUGGGGGCAGUCCAAGCUGGUCCCAGUGGGCUACGGCAUCAAGAAACUCCAGAUAGGAUGUGUGGUCGAAGAUGAGAAAGUGGGCACAGAUAUGUUGGAGGAAGCCAUCAUCGCUUUUGAGGAUUUUGUUCAGUCAGUGGAUGUGGCUGCCUUUAACAAGAUCUAACUGGAUGGGACCAACCACGUAAAGGAAGCAGCUUCUUAGGGUGUCUUCACACUUGUCAGGUUUUCCCCCAUUAACCAGAUUAUAGUACAAUUUCUUUGGCAAGUGUAAAUGCAUCAUUUCAAUAUUGGUGCACAAUUGACCACUUUAAAUGUGUAUCUUGAUCCAACAUCUGGUCAAUUUUUCUUUCAGAGGUCUUAUCGAUUUACAAAAUAUACAGUAUCCUCCAAACCCACAAAAUAACCCUCCCACAACAUCACUCAGAUGAAUAUCUCACCACCUACAAAGUCCAGGAUAUUUGGUAUACAUGUCCCAGAAAAUGUCUUCAACUAAGGAUGCUUGUCUUCAAUAAGUCACAAUGAGAGCAAUAGCACAAUAACACUGAUCAAUAGUCAAUAUUAGCAUUCAAAAUCUUGAUCAUGAUAUAGGAACAGCACAAUUAGCACAGAGAUGUCAAUGGCCCAUCAGAAAUGCUAAGAAUGAUUUAAAAAAAAUGAUAGUUCACUUGAUUGUUCCUGUACAUGUUUAGUGUGUUUAUAAAGAAAUAGUUAAUUCUAAGCAAAGGUUUCCCAAGUAUUAAAAAUGUAAAGUGAAUCAAUCAAAGGUUCUCUCGUUUAGGAUUCAUUACCCAAUCUCUUAUCCAAUAGGAAAUUCUAAUCAAUUCAACAUAUCCCUUAUCUUUCUGCAUGUUCCCGCCACUUUUUUAAAUCCAUCUUUAAAGCUGCUUAUGACAUUUCACAAAGUAAAUCAUGACCUAAUGUAUCAUUUUCCACCCUACAUUUGUCAUUUUUGAUUUAGACUGCUUGCUCCGCUGGUACAGUUUGUUGUUGGAGUGUGAACACAGACCACCAAACUCCUACGCUCACCGUUUGAGUUGGGUCUCAGACUCGAGUGCUGAGUAAAGCAAGUGUGAACGCUAACCAAACCGAAACAUGAAAUACUGUAUAUCACCAAAUGUGGAAUAAAAGUUAAAUGUUACGGAGAGUCAAAUUAGGACAUUAUUAAAAAAUACAUCUAAUCACUUAAAUGUGCCAUUAUUUAUAAUUGCAUUUAAAUGCUGAAAUCUAAUUAAUUGUAAAAGUACAUUUAAUUAUUUCAAUAUUUAAUGAUUUCAUUAAUGUAAUUAUUCCAAAUUUUUUUAGGGCUGCAAGUAUCGAAUUAUUCAGUGGUUGUGUAAUCUAUCAAUUGGUUUGUUCGAUUAAUUGAGUAAUCGGAUAAGACUUCACAGCCUCAACGCGUGUUUUAGGGGAAAAACAUCUAAACUAUUUUUCUAGCUUACCAUAAUUGUUUGUCUUUGUUCCUAACAAAUGUGCAUCAUUAACAUUAUAAUUGCAGUUUUAACACGUGUGGUUUAAUAAAGAAAUACAAUUAAAUCACUGACCAAUCUCGGCACCCACAAACUACCGCUCUAUUGCAGCAGUUGCGCAGAAACUGUCCGCAUUUCUAAAGUUCCAGGCACUCCGUGAGGUGCGGAUUUUCUCAAUUUUGGUUGGGCACUUUUAAAUCGAGUUACUCAGCCUUAUUUGGUUCAGUGUGAACAGUUACCUGACCACACUCAGGACCAGAGUACAGCGCUACAAGUGUGAACACACCCUCACUUGUCAAAUAUUCCUCUCUGCACACAGUCCAAUAAAGCUCUCUUCCUGAAGAGCGCUUUAAAUCUUUUUUUAUACUCUAUUCAUCAGACAUGUUUCCCCUCUGAUCUGAAUCUACCAUCUGUCUCCGGCCUUCCAAAGAGAACUUUGCAGACGAUGUGCAGAUAAAUUAGUCUCGCUAAUAGUCUGACGAGUGUUACAGCAUUCUUCAAAGCUUUACUAUUCACUUCUUGUCUGCGAUGUUCUAAAUAUUGGAAUUUUAGCUGAACGGAUUAGAUUUGUUGAAACUUGGCAAUAUACAGUAAUAUGGUAAAAGUCCUGUCAGGAGCUUUCUGCUAAACUGGUUUUGUCUCAUGGGAUCGGCUUUGCUGAUCUUGGGUGGUGUCUUGUUUGAAGCACAGUAAACUGACUUCUAAACGUCAAAGCGCUGCACAGACAAUGCCAUCGACAGCGUAUCCUCACAGGAAUUAAACGUGAGAUAUAAUAUUUUCAUAGACAAAAACACUACUGCCCUCGUGCAAAUUCUGUAGCAGUUCUGCGAAAACACAUUUGAUUAAAAUAGUGUGCAUGCAUGCCUUUCUGGAAAUAGAGUUCCUGAGACUAGCAAAUCUAUCACUAUUAAUGGAAGUUAAAAACACUAUUUAACCACAUCUUUUAUUUACUACUUGGGGUUGCUCCUCUGCCGCCAUUAUUUCAAGGUAGUCCCUCCCCUUCCGCAACAUAGUCAAAAUUUCCAUAUUGUACUAUAUAAUUAUUUAUUGUGCAUUCACAGAGUAUACGGUAAACCCAGUUUCUGUUCUCAAAAUGGUGAGUGCACUGCGCUUAUGCCCUCAAAAGACUAAAAAGGACCCAUCACAACCAGAUGACAAAAAAAAAAUAAUCACAAACCAGUUCUCUGUAUUGUUCUGAAAAUUAAUCUGGUAGUCAUUUUCCAUAACGUAAAUUAGUUGAGUAAUCUGUAGAUAACUAACUACUUUGAACGCUACCUUUCCGUCGCCAGACUUGACAUGUGACGUCAUCUACAAAACUGAAGUUCAUUUCCUUGCAUAGACAGUAUGGUAAAGGCAUGUACAACUAUUAUUUAGAUCAUUUAAUUGCAUGUUUGUGUCACCAUGGUUCGUGUUUACUCCAAAACUGAUUUAAAAAAAAAAAAGAAUUGCCAUUUCUGGACUUCUCUGCUCUUCCAACUCUUCUUCAAUAUUAAAUCAAAUCAAACUUUAUAUAGCACUUUUCAUACUCAGGCAAGUGGCAAACACAAAGUGCUGUACAAGAAAAGAAGACAAGAAGUAAACAAACACACACACUGCACUAUUGACAAAGCAAUAACAAAACAUGGCAUGGCACUGAGGAUUUGAGGAAAAAUGCCAACUAUGAGGCGUCCACACUGGAAAAUAACUCUUAACGCCAUCUAAAAUAUAGUAUGAAACAUAUGAUAAAAUAUAUGUAAAUUUAAAUCAUGCGUGGCGAAGUUGGUAGAGUGGCCGUGUCAGCAAUCGGAGGGUUGCUGGUUACUGGGGUGCAAUCCCCACCUUCUACCAUCCUAGUCACGUCCGUUGUGUCCUUGGGCAAGACACUUCACCCUUGCUCCUGAUGGGUGCUGGUUAGCGCCUUGCAUGGCAGCUCCCGCCAUCAGUGUGUGAAUGUGUGUGUGAAUGGGUGAAUGUGGAAAUACUGUCAAAGGGCUUUGAGUACCUUGAAGGUAGAAAAGCGCUAUACAAGUAUAACCCAUUUAUCAUUUAUCAUAAUAAAAACAUUUUACUUCUAUCCUCUAAAUGUUAAUUAAAAUAGAAAACAACCCAAUAAAAAAUUAAGAAAAACUAAAGCAUUUAUCUUGAUCAGUAAAAAGCGUGAAUGGAAAGGUGUGUCUUCCGUCUUUUUGAAAUGUAAUCGGUCUAUGCAGUCUUGAGGCUCUCUCACAAGCUGUUCCACAAGUGGGGGCCAUAGUGGCUAAGUGCCGUCUCACCGUGGGUCCAUGUUCUUUGGUCCAGACCAAAAGGCCGGUGCCAGAGGAUCUCAGGAUCUGUGAGGGUCUAAACGGUAAAAGCAGGUCAGAUAGAUGAAGUGAAAGGCCAUUAAGACAUGUGAAAACUAACAAUAGAACUCUAAAAUCGACUAUGGGGAGCCAAUGCAGCGACUUUAAAACUAGUGUAAUGUGCUCCCGCCCUCUAGUCCUCGUCAACCCGCAUGCAGCUGACUUUUGUAAUAAUUGUAGAGUUCUGAUAUUCUUUUUUGGGAAGGCAACAGAGCAAGGCAUUACUAUGGUCUAAACAGAAGGAAAUAAAAGCAUGCAUUAACACCUCGGUAAUAGCAUGAGAGAGAAACGGGCGGACUCUGGCUAUGUUCUGAGGAUGAUAACCUAUUUGUGUAAUAUUUUUAAUAUGUGAGUUAAAAGUCAGCUCGGGGUAAAAAAUCUCUCCCAUAUUUUUUAUAGGGUUUAAAAGCUUGUAAUUCUGGUAAAAGUUUCUCUCAGGGCCUAUAACUGAAACCUCUGUUGUGUCGUGGUUGAGCUGUAGAAAGUUCACUGCCAUGCAUGACUUGAUGUCUCCACUGCAGUUAAAAAGAGUUACAGCUACUGUGUGUCCUCAGCGUAACUGUGAAAACUGAUUUUGUGUCUCCUAAUGGUCCCCCAAGAGGCAGCAUAUGAUGAAUAAAAAAAGAAUGGGACCUAAAAUUGAGCCUUGGGGAACCCCACAUCUUACUUCAUGAGUUCCUAAGGAACAUGCAUCCGCAGAAUGUGGAUGCAUUUUCUCAAGCAUCUUAGAGAAAACACCAGAAUAGGACGCAAAAUAGAAUACCAGCAGCUUACCUUCUUUUUCUGGGGUUUGAGCGCUGGGUCUGCUCUUCUUUCUCUGUUGUUCCCACUCUAUCUUUCUCCCCUUGAGGGUGUUCCUGAUUUUCGGUAUCACAUUUGGCUUGAGUCUUAUUUUUUUUCCAUUCAAACUUCGACCAAAACCCUUCUUUGAAGUCAGAAUCAUUAAAAAUGACCUCUGCAGAUUACACUCACGUUUGGUCUAUCCCAUUUUUUGCAAGUCAAUUUGACUGGAAAGGUCUAUACUUUCUUCAUAUUCCCAUCAUUUGUAAAUGUAUGCAGGCUGACUCCUUAGUUGUGUUGCUACAACCUGCAACAAUGCAUCUGGCGGACAUAUUUUAAAAUUCCUUCAUUAUUAUUUUUUUUUACAAUUUAAAGUCCUACUUUUUCCACAAUUUUCUAAAAUCAUUCAACAAUUAUUCAACAGAUUGGACAAAUGCAUAAACAAAAGAGGGAUACAAGAAAGUUUGAUCAUAUUCCGCCUAUACUGGCUCACCUGCACUGGCUUCCUGUGCACUUAAGAUGUGACUUUAAGGUUUUACUACUUACAUAUAAAAUACUUAACGGUCUAGCUCCAUCCUAUCUUGCUGAUUGUAUUGUACCAUAUGUCCCGGCAAGAAAUCUGCGUUCUAAGAACUCCAGCUUAUUA